GGGCUUGUGGAUACUAUUUGUGAAACUAGAUUCCGUGCUUUGCAAUGAUCAGUGGUAAAACUGGAAAAUUAACAAUGCAUCUUGUUCGUAGUAACUUUUGCCAACGAUGAUUAUUUGAAAUCGCCGUCAACAAAUAUUGGAGUCCAACUACAGAAUUUGCAUACAUCGUACAGGACCGAUCAUACCAACAUGAAGAAGGCAGAAGCUGAACAAAAUAUGAAUGACACAUCGGUUAAACUUAACCAAAGUGUAACAUUUGUCCGGAGUAGUGGAAUCACUAAUGGAGCUGUUUUUCAUGAGGAUGUCAUUGAAACCGAGUGGAAUUUCCCUCCAAAAGUGCCAACUCCGCACAUCUACCAUUGCAUUAACCCAGAUUUACUGGUGGGAAGUGAUAAGAACGGCUUUAAAGGACUUCGUAAGCAAUUUAGUGGGCGAUUUAAACGCUUAGUUACUCGAAAAGUAGAACACGGCCCAGUGAUACCUCCGGAAUUAAAGCCACAAUUAAAAACAAUAUACGUGUACUAAUUUUGGAAGAAACUUCGAUGGCAAGCACAAAUGAUUCAAUAUAUGCACGCAUAUACAAUAUUCAUGUAUA